GGCCCAAGAGGGGGCAACAAGGAUACCCUUUUAGUCUUCGCAUUGUUCGUUCUCCCUUCCUCUCUGUGAUUGGGUCUGUGGGUGAUGGGUCAUUUUGUAAAUUAAAUAUUACUGUCCUCUUUUAAUCUCUUCUUUAUUCACCUUCUGUUUGCCCAAUCUCAAACACCAGACUCUCUUCCCUAUUCCUCUCCCCAUUGUUUUUUUUUUUUUUGGUUUUUCUCUCUGUUUAUCUGAGGGAAAAACGCUGGAAUUUUCAUCCUCGUGUCUAAAUCCCUUUGUUAUAGAUCGAUCAGGCAGUUUGGCCUCCAUCGGUUAGGUUUUGCUGACUACGUCAGUGUUGCUUCACUGUUGCAGGACUGAAGUGUUCCAGACAAUUGGUGUUGGAAUAAGCUUACCUUAGAGUUUUUCAAAGGAUAUUUGUAUUGGCCCUAAUGCAAGAGCAAAGGGAAAGGGGUACUAUUGGUUCCUUGCCAGAAAUUCUGGAAUUCAGCCAUGGAUCUACAUCAGGUAAUCCUGUUGUAAACCAGCCAAUUUGCUGGAAUAAUAUACCGAGUCCUGUUGGAAAUCGUAUGCCAAACUAUAUGCUAGCACCUAAUUCGGAUGUUGCAUAUGUGAGUGCUAUUAAUCAAGAACGACAAAACUUGAGUGGAUGGAGCUUAGGUGAACCAAAUUUCAGUGGCUCACAAAAUGAGGUCAGUCGUGGUGUGCAGAAAAGGGAAAAUGAAUUGUCAUCUUCAGCUACUGCUCAUGGUGGGACUGUUCUAAGGUCGGCAGAAUGGCAAUGUGAUCCACCUAAUGUUCUUUCUCUGGGAAGUGUCAAUAUGAACCCUCUGUUUUUGCGCAGUUCCAAUUCUGAUGGACUUCCGCAGAAUCUCAACUUAAAUGCAGAUUUGGGUGGUAAUGAUCAUCAGGCUUCAGAAUUUCUCAAUCUAAAUAAGUCUAGCGGAUCAGUAAGUGAGCAUAUUCAACUUGCUGGCAGUUCCAAUUCAUUUCUGCCUCCCUCAGGAAGUGGUGGAUAUUUGGUUCAAGAAAAUGAUGACAGACCUAACUGUUCAUUGGAUGGUCGCCGUGCUUCCUGCAAAAGGAAGGCUCUUGAAGGAAGUGUUGGGCAGUCCUCUAUGGAUGGAAGUGCUAACUACCUUCAGCGUACAGAAAGCAGUUUAUGGCAUGUCGAUUCCGGUCGCUAUAAUGAGGGAACCAGUUUGAGUAUUUCUUCUCCUCCAGAACAAUCAAACCCAAGACAUUGUGCAAGAGCUUCUGACACUGUUUCUGGUUCAAUGGUGACAGGAAGUGCUGAAGGCUCCCGCAGAAAUUUCCGUCUCAGGAUCAACCCUCCAAAUCAGCAGGAACCUACCCCCCUCACAUUACCUUCAACAGGGAAUGCUGUGAGGUAUUCAAGUACUUCAACUUCCCAGCAAUCUUCUAGACUUAUUCCAGUUGAUCACUCUUUGGACUUGAGGUCAGCUUCAGCCUCCGAUACUGCUAUCUUUCAGAGCCAGUCUACUGUAAUCCGAGUUCCACCUAUGCUGCAAAAUGUGCAACCAUUUGGGUGGAAUGAAAGCUCCAGCUCUAGAGCAAUUACUUCAGCAAAUGCUUUUGUUUCCAACGAUAGGAACACUGUUCGACUUGGGGGAGUGAGCUCAAGGAGUAGAGCCAGAAACAUCCAGGAACAUCCUUUGUUUGUUCCAGCAACUGAGUUGAGGAGUAGAAACCAAACAACUAGAAAUUUAACUGAUGUACAUACAAAUAUUCCUGGUAAUGUUCGUUCUACAGCUACGGCUAGCUCAAGUUCAGGUGUCCAUCGGUUACCUGCUCCUCACUGGGGACCUCAUCCCCAUCCCCAUCCAGCUUCGAGAAAUACAAGAUUAUUGCCAGAAUAUGUUUGUCAAUCAUUAUUUUCUUCCGUAGCUGCUGACUCGGGAGGCCAAAAUAACUCUUUACUACAUUCUGCUGCCCCUUCCUCAGAUGAGAGGGCACUUCCAUCUGGGGCUGUUAACCAUGGGCACCAUCGCUUGAACUCAAGGUCAAUGUCAUGGAUGGAGAGACAAGGUGAUGGUGCACUUGGAAUUCCCUAUCCAUUGCGUACUUUGGCUUCUGCCGGUGAAGGAAGAAGCAGGCUUGUUGUAUCCGAGCAGAUUCGAAAUGUCUUGGAUCUUAUGCGCAGAGGCGAGAACAUACGAUUUGAGGAUGUCAUGCUUCUUAACCAAUCGGUAAUUUUUGGGGGUGCUGAUCUCCAUGAUAGGCACAGGGAUAUGCGGCUUGAUGUUGACAAUAUGUCCUAUGAGGAAUUAUUAGCACUGGAGGAGCGCAUUGGCGAUGUGAGUACUGGACUGAGUGAAGAAAUCACACUGAACCAACUGAAACAGCGCAAAUUUUCUCCUGCUGUAGGUAUUCAGCAGGAGAACGAGCCAUGCUGCGUUUGCCAGGAGGAGUAUAAUGGCGGAGAAGAUAUUGGAACGUUGGAUUGUGGACAUGAUUUUCAUGCUGAAUGUAUCAAAGAGUGGCUGAAGCACAAGAAUUUGUGCCCCAUAUGCAAAACAACGGGGCUGGCUAAAUAAUGCAGCAGCCAUAUUAUAUAGGAAGGAACAAACAAUCUCUCCUCAGAUUGGAUUAUUCUGAGUCCUGACUAUUUGGUGAUUGCCAUGCAACCAACUAAACCUAUAUCCUUAUUUAAACUUUUGCCGCUAUUGCAUGGCAUCGCAGCACCAUUCACCCAGAGACUAGCAUUUUUUUUGGGUUUGAAAAAUUGAAGCCAAAAAAUACAUUGGUGGUGGCUGUUGCCAUUGGCUUUAAGAAGUGGGAUUUCUGAACUUUUGUUUCAAUCAAUUUAUUUUAUGCA